AUGGACGUAAGCAGCGGCAGCAGGGUGGGCGGAGAGGUGGUGACGGUGCAGAUGGGCACCUACGCCAACGACGUCGGGGCGCACUACUGGAACCUCCUCACCACCGCGGCCGCAACCAGCGCACGCGGCAAGGCGCGCGGGGAAGUGGUGGAGGAGGAGCAGCAGGAAGAGCGAGAGAGGCCGCGGAGUGUGAUGUGGCGCGCUACCGGUGGCCACCAGCAGCGGCAGCUGCAGCCGCGCGUGCUGGUGCUGGACCGCAAGGGCAACUACUCGCCCCACGCCUACGCCGCCUCCUCGCUCCGCACCACCGCCACGCCGGCCCCGCCCCACCACCCGCAAAGCGGCGCAUCCGUGCUCUGUCUCCCGCCUCUCCCCACCAAGCGCGAGCAAGCCGUGGAGGCGACAACCCACCAGCCCGUGUCGGGCAGAGUGGAGCGGGUUCAGAUGAGCGAUGAUCAAUCGCAGCAACGUAAGGGCGAAGGUGAAGAGCGACAGAGGAGCGGAGCGAAGGAGGGCGACGGCGACGAGGAAGAGGAAGAGGAGGGGCGAGCGGAGGAGGAGAGGCGGCGUGCGGAGGCGCAGGUGGGCGCGUGGGGCGAGUACUGGGGCGACGGCGGGGCGGGUGCUCCGCUCCACCCGCGCUGUCUGUGGGAGGUGCCCCACUCCCUGCCCCUCGUCACGUGGGAUCACGGGGCCGCCCUCCUCCGACACCACCCCGACCACCGCGAGGAGGUGGAGGACCGGCUCCGCUUCCUGCUCGAGGAGUGCGAUUGUGUCGACGGGUUCCAAUUGCUGGUGGACGUGGACGACGGGUGGGGCGGCGCGGCGAGCGAGGUCAUCGAACUGAUCCGGGACGACUUCCCGCGCACGCCCCUCCUCACCUUUGCCCUCGGACACCCGCGCCGCUCCCGCACUCCCGUGGAGGACGAGACGCGGCUGAUCAACCGGGUUAUGGCCCUGCAGCGGCUGUCGGAUCGCGACUCCAACCUCUCCUCCCUCGUGGUGCCCCUACAGCCGCUCCACUGGCCCGCCUUCCCCCACCUCGCCCUCCCGGCCGACAGCGAGUACCACUCGAGCGCGGUCGCCGCGAUGGCCAUCGCCUCCGCCACAGCCCCCUGGAGUAGCCGGGCGGGCCCGUCGUCGAUGGCGUCGGUGGUGACGGGCGAGCUGCGGGUGGCGAACAUGCCCGUGGCGGCCCUUUCGCUGAGCCUGCCGUUCCCGGCCGCCGGCUUGCGUGAUGGCCGCGUGCCAUCGGGGAUGCCCCUCUACGCCGCCGACUUUGUGCGCGGCCUCUCUUUCCCGGCGCCGCUGCCCCAGCUGGCACCGGCUGCGGAGGCGAUCAGCGUGGCGGGGCUGGAGGCUUCCGAGCGGUGGUUCACGCAGCAUCUGGGCCAGUACUCGGUCCUCAAUCGCUUCCUGUUUAUGGAGGAGAAGCCCGUCGCGAUUCCCUCGACGUAUCCGUGGUUCUUCAAGCCGGCCUCGUCCGCCCCCUACGGCACGCGCGCCACAGCCGUGCCGGUGCUGAGCCAUGUGCAGGUGACCAAGGCGAUCGCGCCGAGCCUUCAGGUCCUCGCCAAGCAGGCUAGCAACGUGUCCAAGGCACGGGCGGUGGCCGUUGCUGGAGAGGAGUGGGCGGAAGCGCAGGAGCAGCUGCACGGCCUCGCGAGCGCCUACACGCCCGACAGCGACGACUAA